AUGACCACUACAAAAACUCUGAGAAAGACAAACGAAAAGACCUUGAAGAGCUUUCAGGGGUUGAAGAAUAAAUACACAUCAGACAAAGAUGAUGAAUCUUGUUAUAUGAUUAGUUUGUUGAGAGAGGUCAUAGCAGUCACUAUGGUAGUAUUUGAGCCAUUGUUGUACUUCAUCUCUGGAUCAAAGGCACAGUCAAAGCCCAGCGACAACUGGCCAUUACUUUCCAAGCUGAUGCACGGCAGAAGAAUUGCAUGUGAGGCAGAAGCUAGUGUAAAUGAAUUUGUUAUGGUGGAUGCAGCUUUGUGCUCCUCCAAGGGCAGCGAAACCGAAGAGACCACAAAAAUUGAGAAUUUGCAAAGCAAGAUGCUGAACUUGGAUUUAUGUGUUCAAGAUCUUGAAGGACUUUAA